UGUUAAUUAACUUUUUAGAUUAGUGAAUGUCUUCUAGACCUCUUCCCAACACCACUCAAAAGAUCAGUGGCACUAAAAUUCUAAUAAUUUUAAAUAGAGGAAUUUCAAGUCACAAUUCAGUCGCUGUACCGCUUCGUAUGUGAAAACCCUAAUGGGCUAAUGAAUAAUCGAUAGGAUCAUACUGACAGCGGUUAGUGUGAGUGCGCCGGUCGCGGGCGCAGCGUCGUGUUGACCAAAUAAUGCUCAUGUUUACAAAACACCGCGGCAAUCUCACUCCCCAUAGACUAAUCACUAUCAGUACCGUGGGACUAGAGACAUGGGCGACUUCCGUGUGAACGCGGGUGCGUUAUGUUUCCUACUGUUGUGUGUCGGGCCGGCGACCAACACGGGACUGGGGAGGUGCCCCGUGUACCCCCAGCUGCCGAACUUCGAUAUUAGCAAGAUGACAGGCACCUGGUACGAGGUGGAGCGGUCGUUCUACCUGAUGGAGCUGUCCGCGAGCUGCACGGAGCUCCACGUGUCGCUGAACGAGAAGGGCUACCUGCUCAUCUCCAUCAACACUGUCAAUAGGUUGGGCAGGCCAUCGGCGUCGUACGGGCUGGGCAUCCCGAGCCACAACGGUUCGUCCCUGUUCCGGUACAAGGUCAACAACCGCAUGCCGUACAUCAUCGGGCGGCUGCUGCCGGGCGCCGGGCUCUAUAACAUCCUGUUCACUGACUAUAACCGGUUCGCGCUGGUCUGGUCUUGCACCAGCCUCACCGUCGCACACUCUGACCGCAUAUGGGUGCUGGGGCGCAAGCGCGAGAUCCCGGCGGAGCUGCGCGCGCAGAUCUACGCGCUAAUGGCGGAGCUGCGGCUCGACCCCGACCGUCUCAUCAUCUCCAAAAACAAUAACUGCUCUGAGCCAAAACUGCCCGCAAUAAACUGACCUUGACACGCAA